CGGGCGCGCCGGGAGAUAAGAUCGGGCGCGCAUGCAGCGCGUUGCAUCAUCGCGCGUGUCGCGCCUUUGAAUGCGAGGUAGCGGCCUCGUGGAAGUGGAAGUGUGUGAGGUCGUGAAGAUGAGAAGAGCGGGUCGAAGAGGCGAUCAGAGAGAACGGAGAGAGGCUGGAGGAGAGCGCAGCGCGGCCCGUGCGUGGGCGGCCGGCGGGGUGGAGGGACGCGGACGGCGGCGAUGCCCGGGAUCGGGGCGCGCGCGGCGUGCAUGAGUGAUGCGAGAUGCGGGCGGACGAGGCGCUCGAUGCGAACGUGCUCGCGGUUGUGCGAGGAGGUGCGAGCGCCAUCUAAUCGUCGUCGAGCGCUCGCAAUGGCCGCCCCUUUCCUAAGAUGGUGCACCAUCGCCGUCGCCGCCCCUCACGCCGCGCGCUCAGGCAUCGCUGCCGCGCCGCCGUCGGCUCUCGACGCACAGCCCGUCCGGGCCGGGCAGGAAGCAGAUGUUCUGUUUCCGCUGCUGCUGUGGCUGUUGCUGUGGUUGCUGCUUCUGCUGUUGUUGCACGACGGGCUGCGUCUGCUGCACGGGCGUCGGCGGUGCCGAGCUCGUCGCCUCACGCGCCGGCGGCUUGGCGAGCACGGGCGCCGGGCCCGGCGAGCGCGGCUGCAUGCUGAGUGCGCUCAGCGCCGCCAGGCGGCCGUUGCCGCCGGCGAGCGACGUGCCGAAGCUGGUGCGGCGCGGCGGCGGCAUGUCGAACUGCGGCUGGCUCCAGAAGCGCGGCGCAAGGAACGCCGACGCGGGCGCCGAGCCGCGCCGUGCGGACGAGGAGGAGCUGGAGGAGUAGGAGCUCGAGCCGGACGAGGAGCCGGUGGGUGAGGACAUGGCGGGCGCAGGUGGGGGUGUGCGGUGAGGGUGGUGGUGGGAGAGAU